AUGUUGGUGGACGAGUGCGGGGGUGCGAGUGUGGGAUGGGGUGGGCCACACGGGAUGAAGGGGGGCUGGUCUACGCCAGGUGGCUGCAGAAACUCUGCAAUGAGCUUUACCGGCAGUGUACCCUCACUCCACCCAGCAGGAUCGAUCAGGUCCCUUCGAUCCCAGCACUCUCAGGUUCCAGAAACACCACGACGAUGUCACCACUGCCACCCGGUACACGUGGCUACACCAAAUAAUUACGUACCUCAUACACCAGUGCAGUAUUACACACCGAGUCACUGCAUGGACGGUCACAAUGGCACGUACACGCCGCACCGUGGCAACUCCUACCACGGGGACCCUCGUCUGCGCUGUAUGGAUAUGGACGAGAGUAUGGCCGGGAACACAAAUUGGGUUCUCGGCGACCUGCGUAGCCUCCACCGUUGUGUACCGGCACUUCGGCGAACAGGGCUCGAUGUAACUACCAUUCGAACACAUUUCUACCCGGAGGGUGGGUGGGGGUGGCUUGUGUGUGCCGCUGGGUUUUUGGCCCUGUUGCUGACAACUGGAAUGCAACUUGCUUUCGGUUUGUUGCAUCUUUAUGCCAUACGUCACCUUGGGGAAGCUAAUCUGAUGAAUAUUGCCUGGGCCGGAGCUCUGAGUGCUGCUGUAUCACGUGGUUCGGCUCCACUGGUAGUGGGUGCGUGUCGGCGAGGAAGUACGAGGCUCACUGCUGUAAUUGGCGGUUUCGUUUUUGCCCUCGCUUCGCUCUUCACUUCGUUUGCUCUUCACAUGCAUCAAGUGGUGAUAAGCUACGGUCUUGUCCUGGGCGCUGGGGCUGGACUGGUGCGGGAAACUGCUGGCUUGAUCCUCGGUCAUUACUUCAAGAAACGACGGGAGUUCGUUGAGAUGGUCGUGCAAGCUGGCACCGGCGUGGGAAUAGCCCUCUUCAGCGUCUUCUACAAGGAAGCCGUCGGAGGCCUUGGCUGGAGGCUGGGACUUCAGUCGGUGACUGGUGCAUUGUCGUUGACAUUUUUUCUCGGAUUAAUCUACAGAAGUGCAUCGCUGUAUCAUCCACAGCGCAGGGCAAUAGUUCACCUUAAAAAUCAACGCACAAAAGUUAAGGAGAAAAAAAAUAGUACUAAUAAAAUGCCACGACAGCCAUUUGUGGACUUGAGCCCCUUAGGGAGUCGACCUGUACGAAUGCUCAUGCUGGCUGCUGGCUCUGCAGCGUUUGGACUCUAUACACCGGCCUUUUACAUUGUACUUCAGGGAUUUCAGAGUGGACUCGAGAUAAGUUCCCUUGUCCUCCUGCAGUCGUGUUUAGGUCUUGCAGCAGCCCUCGGCUGCGCAGCAUGGGGUUCAGUAACAGCACGACCAUCAGCCCAGUGUCUAGUAUCGAGGCAGUACCUGUGCCAAGGCGCCCUAGUGGGAGUUGCUCUAGCACAAAUAGCACUUGGCAGUGUUGAGGGUUACCAUGGUCUGGUAUUAGCCUCUGGAUUGUACGGUGCAUCACUUGGUGGUGCCCUCUAUUCACUCAAGAUGCUAGCGCUGGAGAGAUUACGCGCCCGACACUUUGCGAGAUCUUGGGCACUUGUUCAAGCCGCCGAAGCGCUGCCAAUUCUUCUUGGAGUUCCUCUCACUGGUUACAUGAACGCAAGUAUUCCACGUGUUGGUUACUACGCUUGCACCUUAAGUUCCUUAUGUGGUGCUGGCCUUCUAUUUCUCGUUGGCUGGGGUAGACAGCCGUCCUCACCAGUACUUCAUGCAUCACAAUUGUCUCACGUUAGUCAACAAUUGCCACCGCCAUGCGCCUGUCCACCACCACCUAGGCAGCGUUUACCAAAAUCCCAGUCACUCCAUGUACCCUUAGAUGUUGAACAAGAGAUGAGGGAUCAACCACAGACACCGCUGCAUCCGCAGUAUCACGAGAUGCCUGAGCACAAUUGUAUACAUUCUGGGGAACAUCACUACUGCCAAUCUGUCCCUUAUCAUCAUCACCAUACCCUUAGGCCGAGCAAGAGUGUACCUGAAGGACUUCAUGGCAAUCAUGAUACGUAUCGACCGAGACCCAGGCGUUAUCGGGAUGUCACAGUUAUCGAACAAAUCACCACCAGUGUCUGA